CAUCGAUAACGUCACAUCCGGUUAGUGGCUCAAUGGAAGUUGGAACAUGUUUACUUUAGGAAGAUCCAGUUUGUUCAGGUACCUAUGUCUCUUUGCGGUGUUGCCGAGCUCCUUUUGCCAACCGGGCAUGGGAAUGCUCUUCCCCCGGGAGUCGUCUUCUCGAGAAGUGAAGGAUCUGAGCGGCCUUUGGAGCUUCAGAGCGGAUAAGUCGCCAAACAGGAAGCAAGGCUUCGAGAAGUCUUGGUACAAAAGUCGCCUGGCUGAGACUGGCCCCGUGAUAGACAUGGCCGUUCCUGCCAGCUUCAACGACAUGACACAAGACCCCACAUUACGAGAUUUCAUCGGCUGGGUAUGGUACGAGCGAGAGGUGGUGUUGCCCUCUCGCUGGGUCACAGAUGAAGGAACAAGAGUGGUUCUCCGAGUGGGAAGUGCUCACUAUUAUUCAGUGGUGUGGGUCAACGGGGUGAAAGUGACCGAGCACAACGGUGGCCAUCUUCCCUUUGAGGCAGAAAUAGGCAGUGUGAUCCGAGAGGACCCGACAAGCCCCUGCAGGAUAACCAUCGCGGUCAACAACACUCUCACUUUAGAAACUCUCCCACCUGGGACCAUUCAGUACUUCAAUGACCCCACUAAGUAUCCUGAUGGCUUUUUUGUGCAAAACAUCAACUUUGAUUUCUUCAACUAUGCUGGGAUUCACCGUCCUGUAUUGCUGUACACUACUCCCAAGGCUUACGUAGAUGACAUCACAGUCGUGACGGACUUCUCGGAUAGCACAGGUCUAGUCAACUACAAGAUAUCAGUCCAAAAUGCUGCUGAGGCCACCGUGAAGGUCACUUUGAUGGACAAAGACAGACAUUGUGUGGCUUCCUCCAACGAGCCUUCUGGAGUGCUCAAAAUCACAGAUGUCAAACUCUGGUGGCCGUACUUGAUGCACGAGAAGCCAGCUUAUCUUUACUCUUUGGAGGUUCACUUGAUGGCAGCAGAUGAAAGAUCAACUUAUACAGAUGUCUACGCUCUGCCAGUUGGCAUCCGCACAGUCCGUGUCACGAGCAGUCAAUUCCUCAUCAACAACAAGCCCUUCUAUUUCCACGGGGUCAAUAAGCACGAGGACUCUGACAUUCGAGGUAAAGGAUUUGACUGGCCCCUGAUUGUCAAAGACUUCAACUUAAUGAAGUGGUUGGGAGUCAACUCAUUCCGAACCAGCCACUACCCCUAUGCAGAGGAGAUUCUGCAGAUGUGUGAUCGCCACGGCAUUGUGGUCAUCGAUGAAUGCCCGGGGGUGGGCAUCAAAGACAUUCGUAGUUUUGGCAACGCCUCCCUGGCCCAUCAUCUUGAUGUCAUGGAUGAGCUUGUGCAACGGGACAAGAACCAUCCCUCUGUGGUCAUGUGGUCAGUGGCCAAUGAGCCGGCGUCAGAGAUGCCUCCUGCUGAAUUGUAUUUCAAGACUUUAAUAACGCAUACUAAAGAUAUGGACCCGACCCGGCCUGUGACUUAUGUCACAGAUAGUAACUAUGCCAGAGACAGAGGGGCCCCCUACGUGGACGUGAUCUGCGUGAACAGUUACUUCUCCUGGUACCACGAUCCAGGCCAUGUGGAAGUCAUCCCGAUCCAGCUCAACACCCAGUUCGAGAACUGGUACGGGAAGUACCAGAAGCCCAUCAUCCAGAGUGAAUACGGAGCGGACACGGUGCCGGGCCUUCACAGUGACCCGCCCAUGAUGUUUACCGAGGAGUACCAGAAUGUGGUCCUGCAGAGCUACCACAACGUGUUCGACCAGAAGAGGAAGAAGUAUGUCGUCGGUGAACUCAUCUGGAACUUUGCCGACUUCAUGACUGUACAAGGGAUCACUCGCGUGGUGGGCAAUAAGAAAGGCGUCUUCAGCAGGCAAAGACAACCCAAAGCAGCGGCGUUCAUCCUGAAGGAAAGAUACUGGAAGCUCGCAAAUGAAACGGGGAAGAUCCCUUCUUGGUUAAAGUAUCCCUGUGGACUCUGACAACCGCAGCGCCAGCGCCAAUCAUUAUUAACAAAUCGCCUCGUUUACUGUUUACCAAAUGCAU